UAAAAUCGAGCAAGUUAUGAUCAAUCUCGCCUAAUUUUUGUGCAUAUAAUAAAGCAUCAAAGAACUUUGAUCAAUAUGAAUAUCUUCUGUUUUCUGUGUAUGUGGAAUUUCGUAAUAGCAUGGCAUUUCAGUUCAGCACAAAUCCCAUUAACAAAAAAAACGAACGUUGAACUAAACCAUAAACGUGAAAAAUUCGAUCACGAAAACCAAGCAGCUGCAACUGAUUCCGAUGAAAUAAUAAAUAUUUAUUCAUUCGUGGUCUUGAAAAAUCUAAGCCGGAAAAUCAAUUUGAGCAAAAAAGACGAUAUUUCUGGUGAUGAUUACAAGCGGAAAAAUUUUACCGUCCAGACGACUAAAUCUGUUAACUUGCCUCCGAUUCUUCAUCGUUUCCACGAAGAUAAUUCGUAUCUCGCACGGCUGGAUACGUCGGGAUCCUUUCUUUCGACUGAUGUUGACUUAACGUCUCCUCGACUCGUGCAAACCAAAGAAAGUCGAAUAAACCUGCAAUUAAAAACCGUGGAUCUCAGAAGAAGUUUUCAUGAGGGCAAGGCCAGUCACCUGCGAAAUGCCAACUCAACCUUCAAAGACUCCAACCAACUUUUUCUUUCGGUCAAAAACAGUCUUGAUUCUGAGAGUUGGAAUUUCCCUGUAAGAGACGAUGUGCUGAAAAUUUAUUCACGAGCUGAGCUUCGAAGCUCAGAUGUUGGGCUGGACUCGAGUUCAAUGCGUACCUUGAAUCGCACUGAUACCAUCAACAAUUUAAAAGGCAUAUUAUUAACAAGCUCGAAUGGGAUCAAAGAUGACCUAAACAUUGGAUAUUCCCCGGCAAAGGCAACGGGACAAAUAAAAUAUCUGAUCACACGGAGCCACAAGGAGCCUACUUCUGACACGGCGCUGAGCUACGAGGGCAUCGCUACUACGGUUGGAGGUCUCGAAUCGGUACCAGACGUCCGCCCAAUGCAGCCCUGUCCUAAAAGAUGGCCGUCAAAAAGCGCGCAACAUGAAACUGCUCUUCGUCGAACAUCGACAGAACGCAUGAAAAAUGUCCGUAACAACACCCAGCAGACCCCAGGAAGCAACCCUUCGUUCGUUUGGGCUUUAGUAUCCCCUCAGAUGUUGACAAAGUAUUUUUCUUCUGCUCCGGGCAUAAGUAGAGACAAGAGAUACGCAGGGGCGAUGACAAGGCGAAACGCUGACCCGAGGCCUUCUAAGACACACCGAACACUAGAAUUUCUGCGACGGAAAACCAGGAAAGAACGAAGCCAUGGCAAGCGAAGGAAAAGAAAACCCAGUAGACGAAGGAAACGCAGGAAGAAAGAAAGACCGGACAAAAUAAUUGAUAGGAGAAAUAAGAAAAUGAAUCGCCGAAUGCGGGAGCAUGAGAGCGCUACAGAGCGCUUGCAGUCAGCGUGGAACAAACAGCGGGUAAAUAAAUCUCACAAAAAGCACAAAACGCGCAAAAAGAAGAAGAAAAUCGUCCGGAACGAGCAUAGGCGACCACCGUGGAUGCGAUUGAGAUCUUCACUUAUGCAGGAUAUGGGUGAGAGAGAUCCAACCUCCUUUGCUCUGUCGAAGAAUCCUCUGAGCGGCAUCCGGAAGCUCAACGAAGAUUUCAGUCACUUAAUGCUGUAUUCAAAUUCCGCGGACAACGUUCGUCCGACUCACAGCACGGCAAAUGAGCCACUACAACUGAACAUGCACACUAAGAUUCACAUCAAAGAACAAGUACAACAGGCGAAGAAAGAACUAGACGAGCUAAGCGCAUCGGAACACGCGAGCAAGGAACCGUAUGCCGAGCGUCACUAUACGGAUCAGUCGCAACUUGUAGGCCAUACACCGUCGCUCGUGUUACAAAGAGACUCUUCUGAGAUGUCUGGUGGUCACACAGUUGUAAACCUUCCAGCAGGACUAAAAAAUUUACCUGUACAGUCACGUUCGUCAAUAUUUGACCGUUUCUUGCCCCGAGUAGUUCUUAACAAGCACCUGGUAACGAAGAACCCUCACUCUCCCCCUCUCUUGACCCCGCCUGGCAACGGGACAAUCCAAGUUGCCAUCCAUGUCCUCCCUCUCGGCGAUGAUCCUGCUGCUGUAAAUAUUCCUGAGGACGACCAAGGUUCCCGUGAAAGAAUUCCCUUGCUCAAUCACUGGAAGCGACGCAACGAGAAAACAACUACAAAACAACAAGAAAAAUAUAGAUGGGACCUGAUGUCAGGAAUCGACUCAGCCUCAUCUUCCAGGUCUACCGAUCAUAAUUCUGGACUUGAAUAUAGUUUUUCUGUUGACAUGACGCACCACGGGCGAAAGUCGGUCAUUCAGAGGGCGCAUAAGCAACUGAGUGUCGAUGAAGAUAAUCAUGUUCUGAAAACCGUUAAAAGUGUAAAUGAAGUUAAUGAUAAUACUGAUAAUACUGGUACGAGUGAAGAUGUUGCAAAUCGUGUUAACAUUACCGUUGAGAGUGUGGACGGAGUUAACGACACUACUAAUAAGAAUGUAAAUUACAUUAAUUUCGUUUACAAUACCGAUAACAGUUUGGAUAAAGUAAAUAGUGUUAGCUAUAACGGUCAGAGCGUAGCUGAAGUAAAUAGUGUUAGCAAUAAUGAUAAGAGUGUAGCUGAAGUAAAUAGUGUUAGCAAUAACGAUAAGAGUGUAGAUGAAAUUAACACGCUCGUUAACGUAACAAGUGAGCAUGAAAAGCCCGGGAAGUCACCAGGUGGAGACAACGUACGCCACUCUAGCAACACUAAAGGAAUUUCCGUAGACAUGACACGUGCACCUCCCACCGCCUCCCUGACGUCACUGAGCCCACCAGCUCACGACGCUCGACAUGUUUUGCGUCACCAGAAGCACGCACUUCAUUCCGGACACAAGAAAAAAUCUCUAAAAGUUACCCCAACUUUUCCUACUAGCGAAGAAAUAAUUGUACAAAGAAACUCUUUGUCAACAUCAAUAAAAAACAUGGGAACUUUGACGUCUUCUUCAGCGGCAACAAAACCGUACAUGUUUUCUCACUCCAUUGAAAGCCAGAAGUUACUUUCUCCUCUUAAGGGUGAUGAAAAAAUGCAUGUUUUUCACGCUGAAAUAUGGCAAAACAAACAUGUUGCUCUAACUGGGACGGUGGAUGCAGGUAAGUUUUCUUUAAUUCGUGCAAAAUUGCGGAAAGAAAACAGGCUUAAUGUUUCUCCAAUUACUUUAUUAGAAAAACCAUCUUUUUCCAAUAUGAAAACAAAAAUUAAAAUCCCGUUUGUAUCAUCAAACGCAACGUUUAUUUACAAACAUCGAUAA